GUUGUGCACCGGAAAUUGAGCAGCGGAUGUGGAAUGGCCGCCGGUGAACGAUUUAGAGAGAAAAUCUUUGCAUAAUCAAAAUAUUGAAGUUAACUAAAACCCAAUAGAGAAGUGUUUGCUUAAAUGUAAUAAAUGUGUUAAAUAAGUGCUAAUGAUUAGUGCAUUACUGUCUAAUUUGUGAAUAAAAUAAUUUGGGUUGAAAACUUUUUUGCAGAAUCUGUGCUGUAGCGAGGUAUAUUUUUUUCUCGCUGCACACAAAGUAUUGAAAAGUGAGCAAAAAGCCAAUGAGAACGCUUUGUGUAUAAACGACAGACUUACGCACUGUGUAAAUGGAUGACCGAUUACUAGACUUAAUAGUGGCUUGUUGGCUGACACAUAGACCGACAGACAAACGGCACACAGUCAGACGGACUACUGCUGUGGUGAAUUGAGUGAGUGUCCGUCGCACUGGCUGGCUAACUGCGAGAGUAAAUGAGCAAAACAAAAACAGCAAAGCAACAAACAACAGCAGGGCAACAACAAAAGGCGAAAAACACAUUGCACGCGUUAUCAGCGGCAAGUGAAACAAAAUUAAAAAUGUAAAGCAAAACGAAAACAAGUAAUAAUACUAUUAAGCAUAACAAGUGCAGCGCUUGUCAACAGCACCUACUCACACCCCCACACAUGUUUGUUUGUGUAUGUGUGUGUCCAUAAACCAAUGUUGACAGCAAUAAAGCAAAAUAAAUAAAUAAAUCAAGAUGUGUAAACGCUAACGUGUCGAAACAGGAGCAAGUACUUAAAACAAAACAAAUGAAAUCGGUGUGAAAAUAAACAGUGGAUUCUUUUGCUGCAGAGCAUAAACAGAACAUACACAAAAAAGUGAGCAAAACAAAAACUAAUCGCACAAGCUUCAGCAAUUUAAAAAUGUUUUAGAAAGUCCACUAUCAUAUUCAGUAUAAGUCUCCUUCAAUUUCAACUUCUUGGUGAUUUCAAUCAUUGGAUGAUUUAAAUAAAUACUAUUAGAUAAAAUCUCAUCAACUUCUUCAGCCGAUAUCUUCAUUAAUAUAAUACAUUUUUAAGAUUCGUUGACAUUGUAGUCGACGCCACCGUAAACAGACUGCAACACUGAGCGCGCGAAGUCUUUACAAGCAACAACCAGAUAAACUUCCACGUUCGCAACCAGAUGUUUACGAACUUAUUUAAUUGAGACAAAUAAAUUAUAAACGAAAGUACCGAGAAUGAAAUGAAUUCAUUACUCAACAAUGAAUCGCAGUAAUAUAAUGAAGAACUCACUGGCGAACUAACUCGAUUUGAUGCGCAGCUGGAUAUUCACCUAUAGUUCCUUGAUUGAACGAAGUUGUGCUAAUAUUAAUAAAGUGAGCAUUUGAGACCAUUCAAUUGAUUAAUAAAGAGUAAAAAUAUUGAAAUUAAAAAGAAAACGUAGCUCUACGGUGAAGGCAGUUUAAUAAAGCAAUUUGUUGAGUGAAGUAGCAAUUUCCAAGUAUUAGCAGUAAAGACUCGCCCUGCUCAAGUAUCGAAAAUCAAAACACACUUACYCUGCAGCAGUAGCAAGUAAAUCAGGAAGCGGCCAUCAAUUAUCUGCUUAGCAGCAGGUGCAAAGGAUAACAGUAAACCGACAGGAUAACCAGACAAUGAUUGCCAGCAUACAAAACAUAACAGGUUGCCAGUGAAGCGACGAAGCGAGAAACGUGGUGGCUAUUGGGCUGCACUUUCGGUGUGAGUGUGGAGACGCAAUUGGAUUAUAACUAGAGUGAAUACACACAGCACUAAUAGCAUACUUGUAUAUGAGGGAGCGACAUUAUAAGUGGGCGUACAAUGGAACGUGCCGGAAGCUGUAAGGCGUUGAGCAGAGCAAAUUAAGCGCUCAGAAAUGUCCAAAACUUUAAGUGCAUAAAACAACCAAUAAAAAUUUGUUCACUUAGAAGCGUCCGAACCGGCGAGAUAAUCGCCUCUAAUAGCAGUCUUACAUACAAAUCGUCUAACAUAUCUUAAGGCGAGUUAAACAACAGCACAAGCGUCGGUGACAUGUAAUGGAACGGCUAUUGAACCGGUUGUGUCGUUGCCAAUGAGUUCCCAUACCAGUUUUAUGUACGAGCAGCAACCCCGACAACAACCACAGCAAAAGCAACUACGCUCCACAUAUCCAAUUCAACAUGACAGACACUUCAGUGACAGCGACAACAACAUCAGCGACAACAACAACGGAUGUUGGCUUUACGUCAGCUGGUAAUAUUACUGGCUCAUUGCCCAAAAGCAAAGAGGACGCUGUCUAUGACCAAGCUGUCAGCAUAAAUAAAUCCUUCACAAAUGGCGAUGCUCAUGUGGCGCAAUCGCCACCGCCACUUAUAAUAAAAGCCGACCAACAAUCGCAACGCAGUAACAACACAGGUACGGUGGUUGCGGGCGACGCGGAUGACAUGUCAACUAGCUUGACCAGCAAUCGUUACUCGUGCGGCUCAAUGCAGUUACCCACAACAACUGUGGCAGUUACGCGUGCUCGCAUGACAUCCACGGACAAUGGCGGGACCUCGACCACCAGCACAAGUAAUUCGAUUUCCGCUUGCGACAUGACGACGUUAGUGCAUUCGACCGGCAGUAGCGCGCACAGUACGGCGCUCAACUCACCAAUUAACUGCAGCAGUCCGACAGCGAAUGCGACUUCCACGGCGGCAACUACGUGUAGCAAUGGCGGGAAAGUGACACGUCGCGAAGCCACGCAGCAAGAGGUGGACGAAGUGGCGCGUUUAUUCGAAGAAAAGCCGGAAGCUUUCGAGAAAUGGCUGAUGGAGCGUGCGCCGCCCGAGGCUUUGGCGCGUUUGCACGAGUUCAUCGAGUCACGAAAACCACCGAAGCGGCCAUCGGUAACGUCUGAUCUCUUUCAGCAGUGGAUGGCAGCAUCGCCGGUGCAGAAACCUCACUCCCGCUCACUGUCCACGUCCUCCGGCAAUUCUGUAUUUGAUAGUCGUCGUCACCUGAUGGAAUUGGAUGAAGGUGAACUAUUCAUGGAGCUGAUUCGUGAUGUGGCCAAUGAAUUGGAUAUUGAUGUGCUGUGUCAUAAAAUCCUCGUCAAUGUAGGACUGCUUACUCAUGCGGAUCGUGGCUCAUUAUUUCUAGCCAAGGGGCCACCAAACAAUAAAUACCUGGUUGCGAAGCUCUUCGAUGUGACACAGAAAACAGCGCUCAAGGAUGCUGUUAAGAAGGCUAAGCUGGAAGAGAUACGAAUACCUUUCGGUGUGGGCAUUGCCGGCAUGGUGGCGCAAACAAAAGAGAUGAUCAACAUAAAGGAAGCAUACAAGGAUGCACGUUUUAAUUGUGAGAUUGAUUUAAAGACUGGCUACAAAACGAAUGCAAUAUUAUCGAUGCCAAUAUGCAAUUACGAAGGAGACGUCAUAGGAGUGGCACAGAUUAUCAACAAAACCAACGGUUCCAUGGAAUUUGACGAACACGACGUCGAGAUUUUCCGACGUUACUUAACCUUUUGCGGCAUAGGCAUACAAAACGCACAACUAUUUGAAAUGUCCGUCCAGGAAUAUCGACGCAACCAAAUACUCUUAAGUUUAGCGCGAAAUAUAUUUGAGGAGCAAAAUAACUUGGAAUGUUUAGUGACAAAAAUUAUGACGGAAGCGCGAGAGCUGCUUAAAUGCGAGAGAUGCGCUGUGUUUUUGCUGGAUUUGGACUGUUGUGAGGCGAGUCAUUUGGAGAAAAUUAUUGAGAAACCUAGUCAACUACAAACUCGUCUUAACCGCGCCAUCAAGGACGUGGACGAUAAUGAAAGAGAUGACAAACAAAUGUCCCGCACGCGCUUCACAGUUCUCUUUGAGCUGGGUGCCUCCAACCAGUCGGCCAAUAUUUCCCGCCCCUCUGUCAACGAUCUGUGCAACUCCACUCUGGCGCAGAUUGCGCAAUUUGUUGCAACGACCGGGCAAACCGUGAAUAUCAGUGAUGUCCAUGAGUGGGUACGGGAGCAUAAUCAAAUACGAACAGAGAAUGAGAUUGACGCGACAAAGGCGAUCUUGUGUAUGCCGAUCGCGAAUGCGCAGAAGACGGUGAUUGGUGUGGCGCAGUUGAUUAAUAAGAGUACGGGUUUGCCCUUCACCGACUCAGAUGUUUCCAUUUUUGAGGCGUUUGCCAUUUUUUGUGGUUUGGGUAUACACAACACCCAAAUGUACGAGAACGCUUGCAAAUUAAUGGCGAAGCAGAAGGUAGCUUUAGAAUGUUUGUCUUAUCAUGCGACCGCUAGCGCGGAGCAAACCCAGAAGCUGGUCAACGAUAGAAUUGAAUCGGCCGAAAAAUAUGAUUUAUAUAGUUUUAAGUUUAUUGACUUUAAUCUCUGUGAUGAUGACACUUGUCGCGCCGUCUUGUGCAUGUUUCUGCAAUGCAAUCUAGUCUCAAAGUUCCAAAUACCCUAUGAAGUUCUUUGCCGUUGGGUGCUGAGUGUGCGCAAGAAUUACCGUCCAGUGAAGUAUCACAAUUGGCGUCACGCCCUCAAUGUGGCCCAAACAAUGUUCGCAAUGCUAAAGACUGGCAAAAUGGAACGUUUUAUGACUGAUUUAGAGAUAUUGGGCCUUUUGGUGGCCUGCUUAUGUCAUGAUUUGGAUCAUCGUGGUACAAAUAAUGCAUUCCAAACAAAAACCGAGUCACCACUGGCUAUACUAUACACGACUAGCACAAUGGAACAUCAUCACUUUGACCAGUGUGUAAUGAUUUUGAAUUCGGAGGGAAAUAAUAUAUUUCAGGUUCUGUCACCCGAAGAUUACCGUUCAGUUAUGAGUACCGUGGAAAAUGCCAUACUUUCAACCGAUCUGGCAAUGUAUUUCAAAAAACGUAAUGCCUUUCUGGAGCUCGUCGAAAACGGCGAAUUCGAUUGGCAGAGUGAGGAAAAGAAAGAGUUACUCUGCGGUAUGAUGAUGACCGCCUGCGAUGUGAGCGCCAUUGCAAAACCUUGGGAGGUACAACAUCGUCUAGCCAAGCUAGUAGCGGAUGAGUUCUUUGAUCAAGGUGACCUUGAGAAGCUGCAACUAAAUACACAACCAAUCGCCAUGAUGGACCGUGAGCGCAAGGACGAGUUGCCUAAAAUGCAAGUGGGUUUCAUAGAUGUGAUAUGUUUGCCGCUCUAUCGUGUACUUUGCGACACUUUCCCCUGGAUAACUCCACUAUAUGAGGGUACUCUAGAAAAUAGACGCAAUUGGCAAGAUUUGGCCGAAAAAGUAGAAAUGGGUCUCACUUGGAUAGAUCACGAUACCAUCGACAAACCAGUGGAAGAAUUUGCCGGUUGUGCCGAUGAGGAGAUAAAAGAUAUCGAAUUCACCGUAACCACAUUGAAUUGUCAUCCACAUCAGCAGCAUGGCGACGAUGCUUCCACGCCGGAGCAUCAUCGCGGUAGCACACGGCUGAGCAUGAAAAAGACGGGCGCUCUAGGCAAGGCCGUGCGUUCGAAAUUGACAAAAACGCUGUACAACAGCAUGGAUGGCGUUAAGCAGAAAUCCUCAUUUAAGCUACUCGACUCACAUGUUAGCGAGGAUUUAGAUGAUAAAAGCCCAACGAGUCCUUCGCAGCCAAUGAUGGUGGCUCCCGGUCACAUUUCCGCUUCGUCGUCCACAUCUUCGGCAGGCACUGUCAGCACAACCGACAAGUCAAAGAAGCGCUCCAAGUUGUGUUCGCUGUUGUGACGAAAACCAUCCAAUUAGAAUUUGGUGACCUCCACCGAUAAGCACAGUGGUGGUGGGGGGUCGACCGAUGUCUAAUUGGAGUUAAUACUUAAAUAUGUAAAAUAGGUAUAGCGGUAAGGGAGCAACACUUUUGUGUAUAAAGGGAGGGGUUAAUGCAAGCAUAUUCAGUCUGAGAAAAAGAUAACUAAAAAUCAAAAUUUUUUAGCAAAUUGAAAAAAAAAGAUUUACAAAGUUGCAACAAAAAUCAAAAUAAAGUCCAAAGAUAUACUAUUAAACCAAUUAAGAGUGGUAAGAAAUAGUCCAAGUACAUAAUUUAUUACGCAUUUGCACUUACAAUUUUGAAUUGGAAAAUACAAUAGGCCAUUAAGAAUUUAAACAGUGCAAUUACGAAUAAUUGAGUAUUAGACCAGUCAAAUAUUCCGAUUAGUCGAAUUUGAUCCAUUGAAAACUUCUCUUUCGUGGCGUAAAAAGAAAAGCGUAGCUCAUGUGAGAGCUUUUCGGGUUUCUGCCGAGCGCUCGAGAGUGAGCAGCUGAUUCCAAGGUAAUUAGAACCACGAUAAUCCAACAGCUGAAAGGAUGUUAAGCUUGUUUGAAAAUUCUCUUGAACCAAGGAUAAUACAAAGCACAACCUAAUUUACUACCAAAAACUAAUAGGACAUACUUGUAUGCACUUAGAUAUGUACGUAAAACAUGUGACUUUACUGGAACUCAAUUUUAAAUAAAUGUUAGCAGCGAUUCCGCUUUGUGUAUAGAGAACACACACAAAUGUA